AUGGUUUCUGGGGUGGAUCUCAUAAUAUCUGCGAUAUGCAAUGCUUCAAUAUGUGGAGGAUUGAACGACAGUCCGCAAUCAAUGUCUGGAUUUAGAGAUGAUUUACCUUCAUGGGCGAAAUCGAAUAAAAUGACACAUAAAGAAUUCAUCAAUAUGCUGGCCGCAGAAAUAAACGGGAAACAUCUAAGAGUCGCCACUUACAUUAACAGACCUAUGAGUGGCACAAAAAGAGACCCAAAUUCCAAGGUAGGCGGCGGAGUAGCUUUCUACGUGUUGGAUAUAUUACGAGAUAAAUUAAACUUCUCCUACGAAAUCAUAAUGGCAAAGAAGAAUUUUAUUAUGGGAGGAUCUAAUCCUGAGGAUUCCUUAAUCGGACUUGUCACAUCUGGGAAAGCGGAUAUGGGCGCGGCGUUUGUAGCCGAUGUCCUGGAUUUUCGAAAACGUGUGGCUUUCUCCAAUGUUUUGGACGAGGAGAAAUGGGUGAUAGUACUGAAGAGACCCAAAGAAUCUGCCACCGGAGAGGGAUUACUGGCUCCAUUUGACGACCUUGUUUGGUACUUAAUCCUGAUCGCUGUUGCAACUUUCGGGCCUUGCAUUUUCAUCUUCGCAAGUAUACGAGCUAAACUCUUACCCGAGGGUGAGCCGCCGGUGACUUUAUAUCGAAGCAUUUGGUUUGUGUAUAGUGCAUUUAUUAAGCAAGGCACUAACUUGGCUCCUAAGUCUAACACAACACGAGUGUUGUUUACGACUUGGUGGAUAUUCAUUUUGCUGCUCUCUGCCUUUUACACGGCAAACCUGACAGCCUUCCUCACGCUAUCGGAGUUCACUUUGGAGAUCAACGGGCCGGAAGACUUGCUGAGGAAGGACAAACCUUGGGUGGCUGCCGCGGGCGGUGUGGUGCAGUAUGCUGUGAGAUCUCCAUCAGGAAACAAGCACUUUCUCAACGAUAUGGUAAGGAAAAAGCGGGCGGAAUUCCAACCAUACACAUCGAUUGGUGAUUUUUUCAAAUAUGUCGACAAAGGAUAUGUUAUGAUCAAGUCACGAACUGGAGUAAUACACGCUAUGUACCAUGAUUACAUGAGGAAGAGCAGGCAAGGUGCAUCAGAAACCCAAAAGUGCAUGUAUGUGAUCGCCCCUCGUUACUUCGCGACGAUUCCACGAGGCUUUAUUUACCCUAAAAACAGUACUUUGAGGAUUUUGUUCGAUCAUAUUCUUGGAACAAUCGUUCAAUCGGGAGUAAUAGAACAACUGAAGAUGUUUUAUUUGCCCAGAACUAAGAUCUGCCCAAUGGACUUGCAGCUGAAAGAACGCCAGUUGGAGAAUACAGACUUGCUAAUGACUUAUCAGAUCACAACAGUUGGCUUCGCUGUUGCCAUUUUGAUUUUUAUUGGCGAGCAUGCUAUGGCCGCCGGGGUGGACCUCAUCAUCUCCGCCAUUUGCAACGCGACCUUUUGCGAGCCGGUUUACGAUAAUCCUAUUUUAGAUGCAGAACUUAAAAUCCAGAAGCAUGCUGUUUACAAUGCUCUGGCUAAAGAGGUCAACGGGGCUCAUCUGAAAAUCGCUACUUUCGACAAUUUCCCCAUGAGCUGGGCCGAACGCCAAGAAAAUGGUACUAUCGUUGGUCGCGGCGUGGCGUUCACGGUUGUGGACAUUUUGCGGGAGAAAUUCAAUUUCACGUACGAAGUCGUCCUGCCGGAGAUGAACUUCGAAUUGGGAGGGAAGACUCCUGAGGAAUCUUUGGUGGGACUCGUAAACGCUAGUAAAGUUGAUUUCGCCGCAGCAUUUGUGCCGAAAGUGUGGCUGUAUCGGCAGAAGGUUUUAUUCUCAGCUGAUUUAGAUGAGGGCGUGUGGAUGAUGAUGCUGAAGAGACCCAAGGAAUCCGCAGCUGGUUCUGGACUCCUGGCCCCGUUCACAAGUCACGUUUGGUACCUAAUCCUAGUGGCGGUAUUAGCGUACGGCCCUUGCAUCACGCUGCUUACUAGAAUUCGUGCUAAGCUGAUGCCUGAAGAUGAGCCUCCCAUCCGGCUAUCCCCAAGUUUCUGGUUCGUCUACGGUGCCUUCAUUAAGCAGGGCACUAACUUGGCUCCAGACGCUAAUACAACCAGGGUGCUGUUCACGACUUGGUGGCUCUUCAUAAUUUUGCUGUCGGCCUUCUAUACGGCGAAUUUGACUGCUUUCCUGACACUCUCCAAGUUUACCUUGGACAUCGAGUACCCGAAGGACCUUUACAAAAAGAACUACCGCUGGGUCUCGGCGGAAGGCAGCGCGGUGCAAUAUAUCGUUGCGGCUCCAAACGAAGACCUUUACUACCUUCACGCGAUGGUACAAAACGGACGCGCGGAAUUCCGGUCUUUCCGCAAUGACUCGGAGUACCUUCCACUAGUUCAGAACGGCGCUGUACUGGUGAAAGAACAGAGUGCAAUAGAACAUGCCAUGUAUGCAGACUACCUUCAGAAAGCACGGGAAGGGGUCGAAGAAGCGGACAGGUGUACAUACGUGGUUGCCCCGAACUCAUUUAUGAAUAGGCUGAGAGGCUUCAUAUAUCCCCAAAAUAGCAAAUUGAAGACCCUUUUCGAUUCAGUGCUCUGGCACGUCAACGAAGCUGGUUUGGUGGAUUUCCUCAAAUCACGGGACCUGCCUUCCACGAAGAUCUGCCCUCUGGACUUGCAGUCCAAAGACCGUCAGCUCAGAAACAGCGAUCUGAUGAUGACGUACAUGAUAAUGGUGAUUGGGUUGUGUGCCGCUGCAGCCAUCUUUAUUGGAGAGAUUCUAGUCAAGAGGUACGUUAGAGUCAAAUUCAGGAAGCCGAGCAAACAGAAGCGAAAGAAGACCAAAUUCAACAAAAGUUCGACGGUACAUCACUAUGACGAUAGCAGACCUCCUCCAUACGACGCCAUUUUUGGAAAAUCUACAGCGAAGCUUCCAGAAGGCUGUCAUAUGAGGAUUGUCAAUGGCAGAGAAUAUUUGGUAAUGGAAUCGAAUGGAGGAUCACGGUUGGUUCCUGUUAGGACGCCGUCAGCGUUUCUGUAUGCUGGUAGAGCAACGUAA